GCUGGCAAUGUGUGUAGGUUGGUCAAGGCUCACGGGGAGGCCCCUGGCUGUGCAAACGCCUGGGUAUGGCUGCAAUGCAAUCGACAGCGAGGUCUGGCAUGUCCAACUGGAAGAAGAGAAAAAGUCCCUGGCUAGAAUUCCACUUCAUUUUGUCUCUUUGCAGCUUCGGAACGCCGCGCUGGCCAGCGGAAAGUGAAAUGGAACGGCUCCAUAGCGAUUGCCCAAGGACCAUACUUAUCAUGUCCUUUGCCUCUGGGCGUCUUUUUCUUUUUUAAAAGGUUACAACCCUAGCAGCAAGACCCGCGCUUUCUCCCCUUUGAUACCAGUUAUUUAACUCGGACUGCUGGUCCGGAGCGGUGGAUAUUCCUCGAGCUGGCUGUGUUCUUUGUGCUAGUAGCUGGAAUAACUAGUAAUCUACCACGCUGGGCGCCGGGGGUCGAGACGCAAAGGGUGACUAGUAUUUCUAGUUAAUCAGCUCUCAGCAGUCCUCUUUAUUUUCGUUUCUGUUCUACUUGCUCUGGGAUUGACCGCGAUGGUUACAGCGGCCUUUUUUUAAGGGUUGUCGUUGUUGAUACCAAAAAGGGACAUCACCCGCUGAACAACUUCUUCACCCAAGGAUUUCGCAACUUCACCCGAAGAACUACACCAUCACACUCACGCAUACACACACACUCUCUCCCUCCCUCUCACGAACCAUACAAAGUGACAAGGGGUACCAAGGCGCUCCCUCCCCUGCAGCUUAGUUACUGGCCAUAAGGUGAGAUCCUUCACCAAAUCUUCUUGCCUCUUGCAGGUGGGAUUGUAUAAUCUGAGAGGGCAGGGCUGUCACAACCACCGGUGGAAGUCAACCCACGCACCAUCUCUUGGGUCUCGAAAGCGAGACAGCGAGGUUAUAUACCCGCCUGGCAAUCCUAUCCACAAGGCUUGUUGAAAGUAACAGCAGGAGGAUCGUAGUUUCAUCGACGACGCGAUGGUAUCUUCGGAGGAGCUGUUGACAGAAUGGCCUGUCCAGGAUGUAUGUUACCCGUUUUACCCAUGGUUUCAGGGGGAGAGAUGGUUGUAGAGACUAACACAGUUUGCUUAUUAUCUAGAUUAUUUACGUGGCAAUCAUCGGGCCUGUCAUGCUUGCGGCCUUCCUGGAAUGGUUUCUAUGGCUUGCGGCUUUCCUAUAUUGCCUGUACAAAGUCUUCGUGAAGGCAGAACAUUUCAGUGUGAAAAUUCUCGCCAUCGUUAUGAUGAUAUUGUUCACUGCGCUCAGGUUAGUUAUUUCAGCCUGGUGGACCCCAACAAGCUGUCAGAGCUAAUAAUGGUGAAUUAGAGGUAUUUUCCUUCCGGUCAUGGUCGUCACACUUCCGCUGCCACCUACGAUAACACAAUACUUCCCGCGUGAGCUGGUAUCGUUUCUACAAUGGUUUGCCUUUUGGACUUUCGCCGUCCUGCUCAUUGUGCCGUGGCUGUUCUGUGUCUACAGGCUGGUUACGAACUCACUUGGCAGGACCAAACGCAUCAAAGAAGUUCUCGACGAUAAGACAGCGCCCAAAACCGUGGUUGUCAUGCCGGUAUACAAAGAGGAUCCCGAGGUUCUCCUCAAAGCUGUGAAUUCCGUUGUCGACUGCGACUACCCCCCUCAAUGCAUACAUGUGUUUCUUUCAUACGACGGCGAUGAGGUGGAUGAAUCGUACCUCGCUGUUGCGGGAUUUCUUGGUAUCCCAAUUGGACUAAAGAAAUACCCAACCAGCAUAGAUGUGUCGUAUAAGGGCGCCAGAGUCACGCUCUCUCGAUUCAAACAUGGAGGAAAGCGCCACUGCCAGAAACAAACCUUCAGACUAAUUGACAAGGUCUACGCCAAAUACCUGUUACAAAACGACAAUCUAUUCGUCCUAUUUAUUGACUCGGAUUGUAUCCUCGACCGCGUGUGCCUGCAGAAUUUUAUGUAUGACAUGGAACUCAAACCUGGAAGCAAACGCAACAUGCUGGCGAUGACGGGUGUGAUCACAUCAACAACAAAAAAGACCACACUGAUCACACUGUUGCAGGACAUGGAAUAUAUACAUGGACAACUAUUUGAGCGAUCUGUAGAGUCUGGCUGUGGUGCUGUUACCUGUCUCCCCGGAGCUCUCACUAUCCUUCGUUUCUCUGCCUUCCGGAAGAUGGCAAAGUACUACUUUGCAGAUAAAGCCGAGCAGUGUGCCGAUCUAUUCGACUUUGGCAAGUGCCAUUUGGGAGAGGACCGCUGGCUCACGCAUCUAUUCAUGAUUGGAGCUAGGCACAGGUACCAGAUCCAAAUGUGUACCAGCGCAUUUUGCAAAACGGAAGCGGUUCAAACUUUCAGAAGUUUGUUGAAACAGCGAAGACGUUGGUUCUUGGGCUUUAUUACCAACGAAGUUUGCAUGCUUACCGAUGCAAGGCUAUGGUAUCGAUAUCCACUGCUAUGCAUUGUGCGGUUCAUGCAGAACACGAUCAGAACCACGGCUUUGCUCUUCUUUAUAAUGGUGAUCUCGGUAAUUACCACAUCUAACAAGAUUCAAAAUCUCCCUGUUGGGUUCAUUGCAGUGUCUCUUGGAUUGAAUUAUUUGCUUAUGCUUUAUUUUGGAUUGAAGCUUCGUCGUUUCAAGGCUUGGUUAUACCCGAUAAUGUUCCUUUUAAACCCGUUUUUCAACUGGCUCUACAUGGUUAAUGGUAUAUUCACAGCCGGUCAGCGAACAUGGGGUGGUCCACGAGCAGAUGCAGCAGCUGCUGACGACAACACAUCGCCGACAGAGGCAGCCGACAUGGCUGAGGCUGCUGGAGAUGAGCUUAAUGUAGACCUGAAUACGUUCCCCCCUGCGGCUGAAGGCAAAGACCCAGUUCCAGUGCAGCCUCCCGAGGGUGCCGAGGGCCGGUUUGCCGCCCCUACCUUAGGCCCAAAUGGAUGUUAUCAGAAUACCAACGCGUCAGGCCUUACUCUCCCUACACACUUCACCCACGGUGCGGGAUUAGAGUCCCGGCUUUCCUUGGAUUCUGCCUUUACUGCAGGCUCAAGGGCAACGUCUAUAGGCUGGCCAUGUGGCGUAGAGUAUCUCAUUGCCCAGGACCGGAGAAGCGUCUUCGUGGGGCUAGAGGACCACAAGAAGAUAGAGAUAGCCCGGCGAAGCGCAGCUCUGGGCAUCGGUGACGCUUCCAUGAGCGAGUUCGAGAUGGGACAUUUCUCAAGCCAGCCGAGCUCCCCAUCGAGUCUAAGGAGCGUGUCCUACGAGUUCCCUGCCACAGACGGCGCACCAGGGAACUCACCCUUCGCUGGCCCCGAGCGGCCCUGCCGAGCCCGUACAGCAAGAAGCCCACUCACCAGGCGGUACUCAGACGGCCCUAUCCUCGAGGGACGAGGCCGCGACUCGUCCAGCCUUCUCUGUGAGAGCCUGGCACUAGAGACUGAUGAAGAAGGGACGUCAGAGGAGAAAAGGGGCCGGGACCGAAGGCGUCUAAUCAAGCCUCCGCCAGGCGACACCACCAAAAAAUGACAGAAACCAGAUUAAUACGCCAGCAGACGGGAUGUUUAGUUACGGGAUGUUUAGUUAUUAUAUGUCUUCUUUCGUCUCAUGCUUUUUCACCUUAAUUCUCUUCCUUCUUCUCUUUCUCCCUCUUCUGUCCGACUCUUGGUCCGCUAGCUUGGAUAAAAGUAGACUUACAAAUAUAUACCUGUCCCUUGCCCGCUGUAAACCAACCAGCUCCGUCAACAACUACUACCAGAUACUCUCUCUAUC